AUGGGGCGGCACGCGGCCGCCAUUGCUGAUAGUGGUGACGCCAUUCGCGGACCAACGCGAUCAUCCAGUGUCGGCCGCUGCAGUCCCAUCCUGCCCUGGGAGCUCGGCUUCCGGAGUAGGGAGCCCGAGGACAUCCCCGUCUGUCCUCCGGAAGAAGAGCGCUCCCAGCCGAGCAGCCCGGGGCACGAUCCUCCCGCAGCAAGCGCCUCGCCCCCGACCACCGCGAAACAGCCCGCGGCGCUCCAGCAAGAGGCGCCAGCAGCGCUCACACCGCCCAUGUCGCCCACCACGCCCGCCGCACUCGUCGCGCCCGCGACGCCCGCCGCGACCGCAGCGCCCGCGGCGCUCGCCGCGCCUGCGGCACCCACCGCGCCCGCGGCGCUCGCCGCGCACGCGUUACCCGCGGCGACCGCAGCGCCCACCACGCCCGCGGCGCUAUCCGCGUCGGCGCUGACCACGGCUCCCUCAUCGAGCGUCUCGCUCCCGAUGCGUGCAACCCCAACAGCGCCAGUUUCAUCCCCGGCGCCAGUCACCAGUGCCAUGAUUCGCGGGGGGCAACCAAGAAGGGGAUAA